AAAGGGGAGUCUGCACUUAAGAACUUUACGAAUGGCGUCUUAGGGCCCCUUUACUGUUCUAGUGGUGCCAGAGAAGGCUUCGACGUCCCAGAGAUCUUCUAGCUUUCCUCAAUAUCUACCCUAGCCUUCCCUUUCCCACCCAGCUCGGGUUUCCCCUUGAGCAACCCGGCAUCCAGCAUCUCUCAGUAAUUUCAUCGCCCCCGGUUACACCUCCCAUCCUUGGCGCCAGCAUCUCUCCCGGAAGCCCCGGGGAUUUCUGCACCGUCAAAGAUACCAUGACUUUACCUCUCCAGGAUAAUCAAUCCCCAGCUGAAACCUAUACCUUGCGGGCCCACCCCACCCACAGCUUCCCUGGAUCCAUUAGUAUCGCUCCAGGGUCCCUUCCCUGGGUGCCUCCAGUUCCAGGGUCCUCCGGGCUGGCUCAGGAGCCACGCGUCCAAGUGUGGCACUAACUCCGUGGCUGACCGCCCCCUUUCCCCGGAUAGGGCAUCUAAUCGUCAGGGGUUAGGAAAUCGAUUGGUCCUGCAGAAAGCAGAGGCAGGGGAGGGAACCGCCUGCUGGAGAGGGCCAUGCCUGUGGGGACCGGCACGAUGGCUGCUGGCUGGGGUGCCAGGACUAGCACCCUUCGGCCGAUGGACGGGACGUCCGGAUGACAGUAUGUAGGUGAAGGGUGCCAGACAAGCAUCAGGGACGCGUCUCAUCCCCUGGCCCAGGCCGGAAGGUCAGGUUGCUUAACGCCUGUCUUCUAUCUUAGCGCCUCUAUGUACAGCUGUGCCCAUCCCACCCAGCGCAAAUGGCGAAGCCGCCCACGCUGAAGGACUGCGGGCCACUAGAUCUGCUGCCCAGCUUGAAACAACCGAUGGAGGCCCCACUGCAAACUGGGAUGGUGCUCGGCGUAAUGAUCGGGGCCGGAGUGGCGGUUGUGGUGACCGCCGUGCUCAUUCUCCUGCUGGUGCGGAGGCUGCGAGUGCCGAAAACCCCAGCCCCGGAUGGCCCCCGGUAUCGGUUCCGGAAGAGGGACAAAGUGCUUUUCUAUGGCCGGAAGAUUAUGCGGAAGGUGUCUCAGUCCACUUCCUCCCUGGUGGACGCCUCUGCCUCCACCACUUCGCGGCCACGCAUGAAGAAGAAACUUAAGAUGCUGAACAUUGCCAAGAAGAUUUUGCGCAUCCAGAAGGAAGCCCCCACACUACAGCGGAAGGAGCCCCCGCCCUCAGUGCUGGAGGCCGACCUGACAGAGGGCGACCUGGCCAACUCACACUUGCCCUCCGAGGUGCUCUAUAUGCUCAAGAAUGUCCGGGUGCUCGGCCACUUUGAGAAGCCACUCUUCCUGGAGCUGUGUCGGCACAUGGUCUUCCAGCGGCUCAGCCAGGGAGACUAUGUCUUCCGGCCAGGCCAGCCCGACGCCAGCAUCUACGUGGUGCAGGAUGGGCUGCUGGAGCUCUGCCUACCAGGACCUGAUGGGAAGGAGUGUGUUGUGAAGGAAGUGGUCCCUGGGGACAGCGUCAAUAGCUUGCUGAGUAUCCUAGAUGUCAUCACGGGCCACCAGCAUCCUCAGAGGACUGUGUCAGCCCGGGCAGCCCGGGACUCCACAGUGCUGCGGCUUCCCGUGGAGGCCUUUUCCGCUGUCUUCACCAAGUACCCAGAGAGCUUGGUGCGAGUGGUGCAGAUUAUCAUGGUGAGGCUGCAGAGAGUCACUUUCCUGGCCCUUCACAACUACUUGGGUCUGACCAACGAGCUCUUCAGCCACGAGAUCCAGCCCCUUCGCCUGUUUCCCAGCCCUGGGCUCCCAUCCCGGACCAGCCCCGUGCGAGGCUCCAAGCGGGUGGUCAGCACCUCAGCCACCGAGGAGCCGAGGGAGGCCCCCGGCCGGCCACCUGACCCCACGGGGGCCCCGCUGCCUGUACCUGCAGGGGACCCCAUAAAGCCCACCUCUCCGGAGGCCCCCGCCCCUCUGCUGAGCCGCUGUGUCUCCAUGCCCGUGGACAUCGCAGGCUUACAGGGCGGACCCUGCUCAGACUUUGAUAUGGCCUAUGAACGAGGCCGGAUCUCCAUGUCCCUGCAAGAGGAGGCUUCUGGAGGACCCCAGGCAGCCCCUGCUCGGACCCCUACCCAGGAGCCCCGGGAGCAGCCAGCGGGGGCUUGUGAGUACAGUUACUGUGAGGAUGAGUUGGCCACAGGUGGCUGCUGCCCCUUUGGGCCCUACCAAGGCCGCCAGACCAGCAGCAUCUUUGAGGCGGCCAAGCGGGAGCUGGCCAAGCUGAUGCGCAUCGAGGACCCCUCGCUCCUCAACAGCCGCGUCCUGCUGCACCAUGCCAAGGCCGGCACCAUCAUCGCCCGCCAGGGGGACCAGGACGUGAGCCUGCAUUUCGUGCUCUGGGGCUGCCUGCACGUGUACCAGCGCAUGAUUGACAAGGCGGAGGAUGUGUGCCUGUUCGUGGCGCAGCCGGGGGAGCUGGUGGGGCAGCUGGCGGUACUCACAGGGGAGCCCCUCAUCUUCACACUGCGUGCCCAACGUGACUGCACCUUCCUGCGGAUCUCCAAGUCCGACUUCUAUGAGAUCAUGCGCGCACAGCCCAGCGUGGUCCUCAGUGCAGCGCAUACAGUGGCCGCCAGGAUGUCAUCCUUCGUGCGCCAGAUGGACUUCGCCAUCGACUGGACAGCGGUGGAGGCUGGACGCGCCCUGUACAGGCAGGGCGACCGCUCCGACUGCACCUACAUUGUGCUCAACGGGCGGCUACGCAGCGUCAUCCAGAGGGGAAGUGGCAAGAAGGAACUGGUGGGAGAGUAUGGCCGCGGGGACCUCAUCGGAGUGGUGGAGGCACUGACGCGGCAGCCGCGAGCCACUACAGUGCAUGCCGUGCGAGACACAGAGCUGGCUAAACUCCCCGAGGGCACUUUGGGCCACAUCAAACGGCGCUACCCGCAGGUUGUGACCCGCCUUAUUCACCUCCUGAGCCAGAAAAUUCUAGGGAAUUUGCAGCAGCUGCAAGGACCUUUCCCAGGCUCUGGGCUGGGUGUCCCCCCGCACUCAGAGCUCACCAACCCAGCCAGCAACCUGUCCACGGUGGCGGUCCUGCCGGUGUGUGCUGAGGUGCCCAUGAUGGCCUUCACGUUGGAGCUGCAGCACGCUCUACAAGCUAUUGGCCCCACACUGCUCCUCAACAGCGACAUCAUCCGGGCUCGCCUGGGGGCUUCUGCGCUGGAUAGCAUCCAGGAGUUCCGGCUGUCAGGGUGGCUGGCCCAGCAAGAGGACACGCACCGCAUUGUGCUCUACCAAACCGAUGCAUCGCUCACGCCCUGGACCGUGCGCUGCCUGCGCCAGGCCGACUGUAUCCUCAUCGUGGGCCUAGGUGACCAGGAGCCCACUCUUGGCCAGCUGGAGCAGAUGCUGGAAAACACGGCUGUGCGUGCCCUCAAGCAGCUCGUCCUGCUGCACCGGGAAGAGGGCCCGGGUCCCACGCGCACUGUGGAGUGGCUCAACAUGCGCAGCUGGUGCUCCGGGCACCUGCACCUGCGUUGCCCUCGCCGCCUCUUCUCGCGCCGCAGCCCAGCCAAAUUGCAUGAGCUCUAUGAGAAAGUCUUCUCCAGACGAGCGGACCGGCACAGCGACUUCUCCCGUUUGGCGCGGGUGCUCACGGGAAACACUAUUGCCCUGGUGCUGGGCGGAGGAGGAGCCAGGGGCUGCUCGCACAUCGGAGUGCUGAAGGCGCUGGAGGAGGCCGGCGUGCCAGUGGACCUGGUGGGCGGCACGUCCAUAGGCUCCUUCAUCGGGGCUUUGUACGCAGAAGAGCGCAGCGCCAGCCGUACCAAGCAACGGGCCCGGGAAUGGGCCAAGAGCAUGACUUCUGUCCUGGAGCCUGUGCUGGACCUCACAUACCCUGUCACCUCCAUGUUCACGGGCUCGGCCUUUAAUCGCAGCAUCCACCGCGUCUUCCAGGAUAAGCAGAUUGAGGACCUGUGGCUGCCGUACUUCAACGUGACCACAGACAUCACCGCCUCGGCCAUGCGUGUCCACAAAGAUGGCUCUCUGUGGCGAUAUGUGCGUGCCAGCAUGACGCUCUCAGGCUACCUGCCCCCGCUGUGUGACCCAAAGGACGGGCACCUGCUCAUGGACGGCGGCUACAUCAACAACCUGCCAGCGGACAUCGCACGCAGCAUGGGCGCUAAAACGGUCAUCGCCAUUGAUGUGGGGAGCCAGGAUGAGACGGACCUCAGCACCUAUGGAGACAGCCUGUCUGGCUGGUGGCUGCUGUGGAAGCGGCUCAACCCCUGGGCACACAAGGUGAAGGUUCCCGAUAUGGCCGAGAUCCAGUCCCGCCUGGCAUAUGUGUCCUGUGUACGGCAACUGGAGGUUGUGAAAUCCAGCUCCUAUUGCGAGUACCUGCGCCCCCCCAUCGACUGCUUCAAGACCAUGGACUUUGGGAAGUUCGACCAGAUCUAUGACGUGGGCUACCAGUACGGGAAGGCAGUGUUUGGAGGCUGGACCCGGGGCGACGUCAUUGAGAAAAUGCUCACAGACCGGAGGUCCACAGACCUCAAUGAGAGCCGCCGCGCAGAUGUACUCGCCUUCCCCAGCUCCGGCUUCACCGACUUGGCGGAGAUUGUGUCCCGGAUUGAGCCCCCGACAACGAGCUAUGUCUCCGAUGGCUGUGCCGAUGGAGAAGAAUCAGAUUGCCUGACAGAGUAUGAGGAGGAUGCGGGACCAGACUGCUCGAGGGACGAAGGAGGUUCUCCCGAGGGUGCCAGCCCUAGCACUGCCUCGGAGGUGGAGGAGGAAAAGUCGAUCCUCCGGCACCGGCGGUGUCUGCCCCAGGAGCCUCCCAGCUUAGGCACUGAUGCCUGAGGGCCUCGCCAGGUCCCCUGCCCCUGAGCUGCACUGAGGGAGGCCUGCAGGGGAGCCUUCUCCCCUCGCCUGCUGCUACUCCUGUGAUUCCUCCUGGCCUCCCACAGCACCCAGGGCCCACACACUGGACUAACCUGCCCAGCCCUGUGGGGCGGGCAGCACUGCACUGAUUGCCCUUGACCAACUGUGCCCCCAAUAAACUGUCCCCUCUUGGGA